GUUGUUUUUUUAUAUCUAGGGUUAUACAUGAAUCCCACAACAAUGGAAGAGUCGAAAUAUGUUUAUUUGCUUCACCAAAGAGGACUGUUUCGCGUUAAUGUCUCCGCCUUUGAUCAACCCCGCCGCAAGCACGAAGAACUCAAGCUUGAGUGUGUAUUAUAUGAUCAAUCAAACUUCAUCUUCACGGAUAUGGCACUCUUCAGCCACCGCCACAAUCUGUUCAUGAUCGGCGGCGCUUCUGCAGAAUCAAACUUCUAUACCUUCGAUCCCAACAGAUUCAAUGAGUUUCCUGUUAAAAAUCUCGAGUGUUUUCGCGAACCAGCUACUUUUAAUAAUGGCUACCAGCCGGUGAAGUGGCCUUUCGUGGUUCGUGCUGAGAAUAGGUUUUGCAUCGUCCCGGACUCCGUCGAUAACUUCCACUUCCAGUCCUUUGACCCCGCCGGAAACCGCUUUCACAGCCUGCCGCCGCCGCCGUUUGAUAAGCGGGAGGGAUUCGAUUCAGUCUCCGGCGUUCUUCCUCUCCGCGAUUUUAUAUAUUUGUUUCUCCGAGAGUCCUGCGGCUCCUGUAUCCGUGCCUUCUCCUUCAACACCAGAUUGCUACAAUGGCGGGAGGAAGAGCCAAUGAGGAUGAAAUUUAAGGAGGAAGGUAUUCCUCUCCCCUAUGACCACCGCGGCGAGGUAGGGCUUUCCGAUAAAUUUUCCGGCGAUACUCAGAUUAUGGUCGCCCUUAGUGACAGAAUGCCUACGGCUUAUCGAGUUUGCAUCCAUCCGAAGGGCUCUCUCGUGCCUAAAUCUUACAGGCAUCUGCGUGAGGUUCAUAUCGAGAACGAUGACCGCUACGAGGAUCGUAACGUGGCGCGCUUGCUUGAUCUUGGCGGUGGAAAAUUUUGUUUGAUUGAUUACAGUAAUUCAGCUCUUGUGGUAUGCGUAUUCAAGAUUGAUUUUGCAGUUGAACAUGAAAUCCAAAUCGACGACGACGAUGAAAUUGUCUCCUCAGAGAUUCUCGCAUCCAGGAAAUUUCAGGACGACGACAUUCCUUUCGUCAGGAACACUUGGUUUACUGAUGUUUGUUUAGCUUAUGCUCCUGCAAUGCAAAUCUAUUCAUCCGCCUAUUCUCCCAGAUCUCCCCCAGUUUCAAGUUCUGCUCCUGAAACGCAAAGCUAUUCCCCCUUAUACUCAGUUCACAGCUGCAAUGAAAGGCGUCCGGAGUAUGAAGUAAGUGGAGGUCCCAGCAAUGAGGACGAAGACAGUGAUGAUUUUUACCUUGAUGAAGAAGCCAUGGAAGCAUAUCAAGAACACAAGCAGUUCGAGGGUUCUGCGGGUGCUAGAUCUUCAUCCAGUUUGGUGUCCAAGCGGUAUAAGGAGAAGGGGAAGAAGGAGGAAAGGGAAAGCCCGGAACAUGAUCCGGUGGCCUUGGCGAGGAGCUUGGCCCGUCAUUUUGAGACGAAGGGGCUGGACAAGACCGGAGAUAAUGCCCUUAGCCGGUGGUUCAUGCGCACUCAACUCAAAUCGAUUAUGUAUGGGCUAGCCAUGAUUGAUCGGGCAGAUGCCUCAUCCGAGAAGAGGAUCAUCCAAGAAGCUGGGUAUGCUGCAGCGGAGGCCAAGGUGAAAGCACUCGAGUUGCAACUCGAAGCCUCCAACAAGGCCUACUCUGCUGCUCGGGCCCAGUUGGAGGCACUGAAACACGAGAAGAUAAAGCUCCGUGAGACGGUCAAGGCUCAGAGGAAGCAGCUGAAAGCCAAAGAUGAGGAACUUGUUUCUACCCGGGAUAAGGCAAUCCAGGAAUGGAGACAAUCAGAGGAAUUCCGGCAAGCCGCCCGUUCAUAUGCCCGGGAAGACAGGGAUAGCAGGAAGAGGCGCUGUCGUUCAAGAGACUAAAUUUAUCCUGCUACUGUUGUUCCUGGACUUUUCCUUGGUUCCUAAUCUAUCUAACAGCACUUUUAAAAAUCUAACUUUUGCUCUUACUAAUGGAACCUUUAGCCUGGUCAUUCUUGUGAUUGUUCUGCAUUAUUGUUACAUUUGCUGUCAUUUCAUCAUAAUGCCGUCUUUUGAUCCCAAGAUGAGGAUGAAUAUAAGCAGCAUUUCUUA